AUGAGGAAGAAAGACUACGUGGAGCUUUUGUCCAAGGAGUUGUAUCACUGUCGAAGGUGCAAAAAGGCGCUGGAGUUGAUUGAAAAUGGAGCGACGAAUCAGUAUCAGGAUGCGAACGGAUUUACGGCUAUGUACUGGUUCUGUACUAAAGCUGAUUGCCUCCCGGUUGUCAAAGCUUUGCUAUCAAGAUUUCCCGCAGAAAUCGAUACAACUAAUCGUUGGGACAAAACUCCACUUUUUGCUGCUUAUAAUACCAAUAAUCGUCUUUGUUGGCAGUUUUUAGUCCGCCAGAAAGCCAAGAGAAGAGAUCUUGCCCAACUUGCCAGCAUCGAUUUCGACAAAAUAUACAAAGCCACGAUUCGUCGAAAGUUUAUAGAGCUCGACAGAUUUCUUCGAAAAAAGAAAAUCACGACUCUUACUGACAUGGAAAACCCAGUCCAGUUUUGGCUGCAGAAUCAUCGACUUCUUGGGUCAGAUUAUUUAGACACGAUUUCAAAGUCAUCCCCAGUUCUAUUUAAAAAGUCGCUGCGAAAUCUUGGUCGAUUGAAGACCACUCAAAAUCUAGAUUUAGAAGCACUCAAAACGCUCGACAAGCAUCUUAAAUGUUCUGAUACUUUGAUCGACGGUUUGCAAAACCCUAUUGUUUGGUGGAUUAGGCAAGAAGGCUCUCUUGGCUUGGAAGUGCUUGAAAAGAUCAGAAAACGGAAAAACUUUGAUGAAAUUCUCCAAAAAGACGUUGCAACAAUAGUCUCUGAAGGAUUGAAUGAUCUGUUUGUCGUAAACGGGCUGCUCGAAUUGAUCAAGUUCUUUGAAAAUGAAGACAACGCUCCUCAGGAAAACCUUGAUUCCGGAGUAAUUGACCCGGAUGGACAUCUUCAAAUAAUCUUCUCAGAACUUCAACAUCUUCAACGGCCACUUUUCGUCUGGUCGACUAAAGCGGCAAUCAUCGGUCCAGCAGGUCUUCAACUUCUUUCAAAAUCAUUCGACUUCGAGGAUCUUCUUAAAAACGAACUAUCGACGAUUCUUGAAGAAAUGUCUGAAGAACAUAUAUUUGGCUUGAAUUUGAUUCAGCGGUAUUGCUCUGACAAUGAUAUCGAGCUGAAAGUGGCGUUGCCAAAAGAUAUUCUCGACAAAUGGAUGAAUGUAAAGGACGAAGACAAUUUUCUCCUGGAAAUGAUCAUUGAUUCCGCGGACUCAGUUGAAAUCCUCCUACGAUCAUUGUUUGACAUCAUCUGCGAUCAUGAAGAUUUCGAAGAGCUCUACCCGAAGUUAGAUAAACUUGGAACUUAUCUGCAGCUAAAAGAGUUCGAAUUUGCAAAUCCGAUCCGUUGGUGGGUCCUCGAAGAAGGCAAAGCUGGAGGCGAGCUACUGACAGCUCUGAUCAAAAAAGACUUUGAAGAAGUAAUCGUUGAGGACUUCGCAAUGAUGGCUUAUUUUAAAGAGUUCGCUCUUUAUGAUUCCGCAAAAGUUGGAGUUCUAUCACUCGCUUCUUAUGCUCUCAGUAAAAAUUUGGCACAAAGCGCCAACAAGGGAUUCGCUAAAAUUCUACCAAGCCCGCUUCAGUGGUGGUCUGAGCUUCCAUUUGGAGACUUCAUCGGCUCCGUUCGGCUACUCAAAUCGUCUGAGAAAGUGUCGAUCGUGAUGGAAGACAUGGAAGACUACCAACUCGAGAAGAAUCCAAUUUUUACGAACGGAAAUCAAUUUCUCGAUGUUCUUUUCUCAGACUUUUGCGGGUCUCCGAUUACUAGUGUUCUUCUAGAGCUCAGUAAGAUCGAGAAGAAGUAUCAACGGCAAAUCUGUGACUAUAUCAAUCAGUCUGAAAGAAAAUUCUCAAAAUGCGAUCAUUCGCUUGUUUUCUGGCUUCUUCUAUCGGAUAAAUUUUGUCCAGAUGUUCUUGAGCUUUUUUAUGGCGGAGUCGACCAGAUCACUUCUGUUCUUCGAGAACUUCACGAAUUAAAGCUUUUAGACAGCGAGCUUACAGAUGGACUUUAUCAACUGAUGAUAGCUAAAGAAGAUGACUUCAAAACUGUAUUUAGUAAAAUAGAAAACCCAUUGCUUCUUUGGUUUACACAUGGAAAAUCAUCCCCGGAGAAAAGCAUGAAAAUCUUCAUGAACACCGUUGAAAACCCUGAAGAAUCAAUUUGCCAAGAAAUCAAAGCUCUUCGUGAUAGUUACGUCCUCAACAAUUAUUCAGAAGAAAUCACUCUCUUCGUAAAAAUAUUGAUGCUGUUCCCUGAGCACUCUCAUUUAGCGAAAAUUAUAAUCGACAAUCUCGGGAAUCCCCUCAUUUGGUGGUACAAAUUCUCCAAUGACGAGGAUUUUGUCGACACAAUAUCGAAAAUGGACGAUUUCGUCGAUUACUUCAAAGACUUUCUUUUAGAAAACUUCCCAGAGCCUGAAAAAGCGUACUUAGCCAUAAGCUCGGGGUUCUGA